CUGAACAGGAAGCAGCGGAAUUUGACGCUAGCUUUAGCCUCGUAACAAAUGCCAUUCGACCAACCAUGUGGCCAUUUCAACCUCAUAGGAUCUCAGUUUGGUUUCCUUAUAUUUUUCACAUAUUACUUUAUGUGCCUCUUUCAGCUGGAUUGUCAAUACCUGUUGCAGUAAAUUUGGGGGAUACUGCUAUUCUCACUUGUAAUAAGACAUGUGAUGGAGUUGUCUUAUGGAGGACUGACCUUGGAAAGCUAGAUGUUUUGAAAUGUGGCCGAGAGGCUUGCACUGAAGGAGAUGACUUUAAGAACAGAGCAAGCCUCUCUGCUGAAAUGAUCAAGCAUGGAAGCCCAUCUCUCACCCUGCGUCCUGCUCUGUACAAUGACGAAGGCUGGUACGAGGCUCGUUGUGAUUCAACAUUUGUCUGUAAAGUCUUCUUGGAAGUUUUUGUACCCAACACUGUGAAUGCCUCGGCUGGAAACAACACAACGCUAUCCUGCUAUGCACGUACAGAGAAAAAGAUAGCUGAUAAUGAUGUAUACAUCCUGUGGAAAAGAGAAGAUCAAAUAGUUUUGCAAGUUCAAAAUGGAAUAACACACCAUGGUUCAGGUUUUGCAGACAGGGCCUCCAUUUCAUUAAAUGGCUACAGGAAUGGAGAUCUUUCCCUUAACAUACUCGGGGUCACACCAUCAGAUAAAGGGUUAUACCGUUGCUAUCACAAACUACAAGAGGAACAUGGACACCCUGGAGCUAUCACUCUCAACAUCAAAGAUCACCAGCAUUUCCUUCAUAUAAAGUCUGGUGAUAAUCUCACCCUGGACCUGUUCAGCACAGAUCCAGUGACAGUAUUUUUCAAUGAGAUACAGGUCUGCACUGUGAAGAGAGCCAAUGCUUCAUGCAGCCCCGACUACAAUGACAGAGUGUCUGUCAUUAAUUACUCUCUUGUGCUGCAAGGAUUGACAGCAGCUGAUAAUGGGACGUUUACAGUGAAAAACAAGAUGGGUGAAGUCAUUAGUGUCAACACUGUCACUGUGGAGGGGGUCACUCAAAUACAUUACUUCAUAGCUAUGGCUGUAACAGCUGUUUUCGUUCUCUUUUGCGUUUGCCUUCUCACCAAAAUCUAUCGAUAUCAUAGAAAGACACAAGCACAGCAAAAAGCUUUUCACUGCUGUUUUAAUGUUGCACAGUCUAGUGUGGAUCUCAGUCCAGCCUCAUUGAGUGAGCCUGAAUGCAUAGGAUUGCCACACCAGGAGACUUGCCAAAACAACAUUUCAGAGCAGCUUGACGCUGCUCCUCGCACACCUGUAGAGGAAACCACACCUUUCAUGCCUGGGAUUACCACUGAGAAGCAGGACAAUCCUGUAGAGGCAAGAUCUACACAGCCUUUGCUUUAUGAGAACUAAGAGUGGGAGAAUCAAAGCUGAGCAAUAUGGGAAUGCUUUAAGGGAAAUACUGAACUGCUUAAGUUUUGUUUUUUGCUGUGCUAUUGCCACUUUCCUCAAACUGGGUCUGCUGAAAAUGCCUGGAGUGUGAUAAAAAAUACACAACAAUGACUCAGUGGGUUGAACCCAUUGCAAUGGUGUGGGUGGCAUUCUUUUUUAAAGGCUUUCUUGGGGUACUGAGUAACUAUGCCAAUGAACAAUGUAUAAAAACUAAAAAGUUUUUUUUUAACUGUUUUCACAAUCCAGCUGGUGCACCUUAGCAAGUUUCAUGUGUAUAAAUUGGAAGUAAAAUUUUUAAUUUAAUUGUAUUUAGGUUAAUAAUGUUAAAGGGAUAGUUCACCAAAAAAUGAAAAUUCUCUUAUCAUUUACUCACCCUCAUGCCAUCCCAGAUGUGUAUGACUUUCUUCUGCUGAACACAUAUUAUAAUGUUUAGAAGAAUAUUUCAGCUCUGUAGGUCCUCACAAUGCAAGUGAAUGGGUGCCAAAAUGUUUACGUUCCAAAAAUCACAUAAAGGCAUCACAAAGGUAAUCAAUAAGACUCCAGUGGUUAAAUCCAUAUCUUCAGAAGUAAUACGAUAGGUGUGGGUGAGAAACAGAUCAAUAUUUAAGUCCUUUUUUUUUAUUUUUAUUUAUUUAUUUAUUUUUUUUUGCUAAAAAUUAUUCUUUCUGCCCAGUAGGGGGCUGUAUGCAUGAAGAAUAUCAAUCACCAAAAACAUAAGAAGAAUGUAAAAGUCAUCUGUUUCUCACCCACACCUAUCAUAUUGCUUCUGAAGACAUUGAUUUAACUUCUGGAGUCCUCUAGAUUAAUUUUAAUGUAGACUUAAGUGAUUUUUUGAGUUAAAAAAUGUUGGCACCCAUUCAUUUGCAUUGUAUGGACUAAAAGAACUGAGAAGUUCUUCUAAAAAUCUUCAUUUGAGUUCAGCAGAUAAAAGAAAGUCAUACACAUCUAGGAUAGAAUAAGGGUGAGUAAAUGAUGAGAGAAUUUUCAUUUUUGGGUGAACUAUUCCUUUAAAUACAGUCCAUUAAAGCCAUGAAGUGUUUAUCACCAAGCAAACGGAAGAAAUCACUCCAAUUAUCGGGUUGUUACACUGACAUUAAUGUAAUUUUUCUUAUUUACAAAUAACUGAAUGGCUCAGGUAGAUCAUUAUUUUCCUGUUUUUGCAUACCUUACAGGCAUCUUAAAUCACUAGGGUCAGACCACUAAUGCCCAGAGAUCCAAAAUGGUGAGGCAGCACAGCUAUUAUGUAUACUAGCCACAAAUGAAGCCAUCUCCCAGAUGAUGUCAGAUAUGCCCAAACUGAAAAUCCACCAGUUUUUCUGUACCUUUUCUCAUUAAGCAUUAUAAUGCACUUAUUCUCCUUAACUUUUGAUGCACUGCACAUUUAUUUUUCUCCUGCAUAUAAGUGUGAUUAAUUUAUAUUAGUUUACUGUAAUGAAAUAUUUUGAAAUAUGUCCCUUUAUAUGGACGUGUUUUUCUAUUAGAUUUUAUGAUGAAAUAAACUACAUUACAUGAA